GUUAGCUGUUGUACAGACAAACAGAACAGUGCAAAGAGACUGAUUCAACUAACCACUGACAGAUUAUUAAUGUCCUAUUUCAUUAGAGAGAGACCACGCUGCUUACUUGAGAGAGUUAUUGUUAGCUAGGAGGAAGACAUGGAGGGUUCAACGCUGACACAGAGGAGGGCUGAGUGUCAGUUGAAGGAAAGGGCGAUCCAGACAGACUACGUGAUGGAGCUGGGAGUCAGGUUGGCUCUGGUGUGGCAGACCCAGAGGGAGCAGGAGAAGGAAAUGAAGAGGAUUUGGUUUGAGACGAGGAAAAUGCCAAGCCUGAUUGAGGAGAAUGUGAGAGAUGUGACAAACCGUCCACUCACUGAGUUCAUGGCUCCCUGUAUUGACUCCCUCCCACCACUGGCUUUCACCAAUCGGAGGCCUAUACCAACCAUGUUACAUCCCCCCUCUCAAUUGGCCAUACGCGCUCAGGAGGCACAGCGGUUCAUUGUAUUUUCAUACUUUGUCCCUGCUGAGUGCCCAGUUGCCACAGAGGCCACUGCAGAUGUACGUACUGGUAAAAGAGAGGACUUAUCGACAGAUACACAUCUUUCCUCAAUGCUGCAUCGAUACCUGCCACACUUCUUUAACGAUGACUCCAUGCCACCACAGCAGACAUUAGAGGGAACCACUGAGGUCUCAGUUGCUCCAGUGGCAAAAUCUAAUAUCAAGGAAGAGGACAGAUUCUAUCCUUUCUCCCUCCCACCACUGGCUCAGCGGUUCAUUGGCAAAUCAUUCAAUGUCCCGGAAACCUCCCAGCCUGCUGUUUUAGCCACAGAGUACCGAGUUGCCAAAGAGGCUACUGCAGGCACGGCCACUGUCAAGAGAGAGAACCGAUGGGCAGCUAGAAGUCUUCUUUCAGUGCUGACUCCAUGCCUGCCAUCAGUCUUUGACGGUGACUUCAUGCCACCAGAGCAGACAGUAGAGGAUGCCUAUGAGGUCUCAGGUGCUACAGAGAACACUUCAGGUACAGCUACUGUUGAUGGAGUGGGCAGAUCAGCAGCUAAACGCCCUGUCCCAAUGCUGCCUCCAAGUCUGUCACGUGUCUUUGACAUUGACUACAAACUGCCGGGGUCGGCAGUAGAGGGAACCAACAAGUGUCCAGUUGCUAGUGGAACAACCAAUGAUGUGUCCACUCACCUAAAGGAGGACAUGGCAGCUGAUCAAAGCCCUCAAGACCCUGGAGCACUGCCUCCAAGCUCGCCAUGUAUCCGUGACUCUGACCACAAACUGACCAAGGAGAAAAAAGAGGACGCCAAUGAGUCCUCCCUUGCCACAGAGAUCACUGUAGGCACAUCCAUUGUCCAGGGAGAGGACCUGUUGGGUGAUAAAAGCCCUGCUCCAAGGCUGCCUCCAAGCUUGUCACACAUUUUGGACAAUGACCAUAAGCAGCCAGAGGAGACGAUAGUUGCGAGGGAAGCAGCUGUUUCCGUGUCCACUGUCCUCCAAGAGGAGUUUUUGGCUUGUAAAAGUCCUCCUGCACCCGCAGCACUGCCUCUAAGGCUGCCCUGUACCCACUGCAUUGACCACAAACAGCAAGAGGAGACAGUUGAGGACAACACAGAGCGCUUAGUUGACACAGAGGAAAGUGCAGUUUCAUCCACUGUCAAGAGAGAGGAACUGAUAGGUGAUAAAAACGCAGUCCUAGCACUUCAUCCAAGCCUGGCAUGCAUCCAUGACAAAGACCACAAUGAUCCAAAUCAGAAAGGGAGGGGCACUACUAAGGAGGUGUAUCUCUGCACUCACGCUCACCAGCUGGACCCAGAUGCUAACUUAACUCUGUCAACCCACAAUGAUGAACCCAGGACCUGGACCUUGGAAGAGACAAAGGAUUAUAGGAUAGGCAUUGACAUUGAGAGUGAAGAGAGGAGCGUCCAGGAGGAGGUGAGACCGAGGGAGGGGUUGAAGUGUGAUGCGGACUGUGCCCAUUCCAAGAGCUCCAAUGGGAUGGUUUCAUCAGAGAGAGCAGAGACCAUCCUGGGAAGAGUGGGCUUUCUGGUCAGGAACCACAUGCAGAAAAUCCCAUUUUUGAAGAUGGAGGAAAAAGAGGAAAAUAAGAAACUGAAUAAGAAGUUGAAAGAUGACGAGAAAGAGAGAAAGGAGAUGAAAAACAAGGAGGAGGAGCAAAAAAAGAGGGAGAAGAAAGAGAUGAAAGAGAGAGAGAAAGAGCAGAAGAAAGUCAUGAAGGCUGAGAAAAAGAGGGAGAAGUUAGAACAGAAAAAGAGAGAGAAGGAAAGAAAAGAGGAGGACAAGGCAGAGAAAAAGAGGUUAGAGGGGCUGAUGAAGAUACAUAAUGACAUGAUGAAAGACAGGAUUAAGAAAGAGAAGAAGUGUUCUGAGGAGCUGAAAAAGAGAGAGAAAGCUCAAGCUGAGUUCCUGGAGAUGGAGAGAAAGAUUCAAGAAAAGGAGGAGAAGAAGAGAGAAAAGAUGAGGAAAGAGGAGAGGAAGAGACUGGAGAAGAAGAAAAAGAGUGAGCCAGUUGGAGGUGGAACUGAGAGGGUGAUAGAAGAGCAGGGAAGGGAUGAAAGCUUGAAGAUGGAUGAGUAGACUGGUUAAUAGAGAGAGAGAGCAGGGAGGAAUACUGUAUUUUUGCAU